CUGCUAGCUGUGCUUCCAAAAUGUGCAACAACACAUAAAGUAGUGUAAGUACACAUCACCAUUUUAAUAUAGUAUAUGGAGGAUCCACCAACUGGUUUUCGGUUCUAUCCAACAGAAGAAGAGCUAGUUGCUUUCUACCUAAACACCCAGCUUCAACUACAAGGCCACACGACUCACAUCAACAGGGUCAUUCCAGUGGUUGACAUCAAUGGCGUUGAGCCCUGGACUCUUCCAUCACUGGCGGGAGAGCUGUGUAGGGAAGAGAAGGAACAAUGGUUCUUCUUUGUGCCUCGCCAAGAGAGGGAAGCCAGAGGGGGGAGGAUCAGCAGAACCACUGCUUCUGGUUACUGGAAAGCCACCGGAUCACCGGGGUACGUAUACUCUUCCGAUAACCAAGUGAUCGGAGUCAAGAAAACCAUGGUUUUCUACAAAGGAAAAGCUCCCACCGGUCGCAAAACUAAAUGGAAGAUGCAUGAAUACCGCGCCAUCGUUCAAGCCCCUAACCAAUCUCCCACGGCUAUUCCUCAGUUGAGGCACGAAUUCAGCUUGUGUCGCGUGUACGUGAUAUCCGGAAGCUUCAGAGCAUUUGAUCGACGGCCACGGGAGGUGGUAGUGCCAAGAGUUCUUCGUCAUGGUUCUUCUACAACAAGUGCUCAGCAGCGUCAAGGAGAAUCAUCAGCAAGGGUACAGGCCAAUAAUAAUAAUAAUGGGUCGAGCUCGUCGGAAACUUCCCUUUCAUCAGGUGGUCCUGAUUUGCCACCAGAUACUGGAGGAGGAGGGUCAAGUAGCAAUUGGAAUAGUAGUGAGGUUCAAGUUCAAGCUCAAGUUCAAGAACCACUAUGGGAAUGGGAACAACUCGAUUGGCUAUAAGCAUGACUAACAAUAUCAAUUCGUCAAGCCAUGCAUGCAUUUCAUCUCUCAUCAAGACUCCUUCUCCACCACUUCAAUAAUUCCUCUGUUUUAAAUUAAUGGUCGCUUUCACUUUUUCGUUUUAACUUCAUUUAUUAGAAAUAGUAAAAUAGGGUAUUUGAAUAAUUAACAUGUGUAACACUAUCAGGAUUUGAUUUUCACCGAGAAAAUAAAGUAGGCGUAACUCUAAUUAAGGAGGGAUCAUGUAAUAUUAGACUUCAUUAGAAGCUAAAGUAUAGCUUUUUACUUUUUUAAGCAUAUUGUAUCAUUUUAUUUAGUUUAUUUAGUUUGCAUAGGUUAAUUUGUAACCAAAUUCCUCUUCUCAUUAAAAAAUUCAUAUGUAAUAAACCUAGCUCUUCAAUGGCAGAGCUUAAUUA